AACUGUUCCACUCAAACUAAUCUUGAUUGUUUGCGGGGUUCUUGGAAUUCUUUUGCUAUCGUCACUCCUUUUCUGUUGGCUGAGGAACAGAGGAGUAAAAGCGGAACCUUCAUCGGCCACUCGCUUGGGAAAUCCAAUUUUGAUGGUUUCUUUUCAGGAACUCCUCAAAGCUACCGAUGGAUUCGCUUCAGCCAACUUAAUUGGCGAAGGAAGCUUUGGCCGCGUGUACCGAGGAAUUUUAGAUCAAAACCAGGAGCGAAAUGUAAUUGCAGUGAAGGUGAUGAAUCUACUUGAACAAGGUGCUGCCAAGAGCUUCAACAAAGAAUGUAAAACAUUGAGAAAUGUUAGGCAUCGUAAUCUUGUCAAGAUAAUAUCUGCUUGCUCUAGUAUUGAUUUUCAAGGCAAUACUUUCAAAGCCCUUAUCUAUGAGUUCAUGCCCAAUGGAAGUUUAGAAGGAUGGUUGCAUGCACCAAAAGAAGCAAAUGCCAUUGAACAUGGAGAGCCAAAGAUCUUAAACUUUCCUCAAAGACUAAAUAUUGCAAUUGAUGUGGCCUCAGCACUUGAUUACCUCCAUCAUCACUGUGAGGUGCCUGUAGUUCAUUGUGAUUUGAAGCCAAGCAACAUUCUGCUUGACCAUGACAUGGUUGCCCAUGUAGGAGACUUUGGACUAGCCAGGUUUUCCCCAAAGUCCAUCAACAAUUAUUGUGGAAAUUCUACAAGCACUAUUGGUCUAAAGGGAACCGUUGGUUAUGCUGCACCAGGUAAAUUAAUGUAUCUACUUCUUAUAAUAGCAACCCUCGGCCACAAUAGGAUAGAAGCUGUAAUAUUAAUGCUCUCCAUCUUAAAACUGUUAAUUCUUUCAUAA